AUGGAGUUUUUCAAGUCAGCUGUAGCCUCGGCGAUCUCAAAGGGACCUCCAUUUCCCUAUACCUUUGGCGACCGAGUCGAUAUAGACACCAGUAUCUGGACUCUGUACAAUGGAACCAAGCGCGAAGAUGGAUCGAAUUGUAGUAUAUUCUCCUUCGAUGUUACCGCGAAUAAGAACCGUCUGCCAAUGGCAAAGAAUGCCGUCAGGAAAUUACGAACCUUGAGGCAUCCGGGGGUCAUCAAGGUCUUUGAUACAGUGGAGACAGAAUCAUACAUAUACAUUGCUACGGAAAGGGUCGUUCCCUUGAAGUGGCAUAUCAAGCGCAAGAGCAUGAGCACAGAGACUUUGAAAUGGGGGCUAUUUGGUGUAGCAAAAUCAAUUAAAUUUAUCAAUGACGAAGCUUCAUCGGUCCAUGGCGCCCUACGAGUCGGAUCCUUGUACACAGGCGAGAGCGGGGAGUGGAAAGUUGGCGGAUUCGAGGUCUUGAGCAGCAUGAAGGAUGAUGAAGCAAUAAUAUACAAUUAUGGAAGCCUUGUUCCCGAUGCUGGUCGAUAUACACCCCCUGAGCUGGCAAAGUCUGGCUGGGACGACAUUAAACGACAUCCUCUCCAUGCGGUAGACGCCUACAAUUUCGGCACUCUGAUAUUCGAAGUCUUUAAUGGCGAUUUCAUAGGGGGCGAUCAGGCUGGCCAGACUAAAAACAUUCCACCGACAAUGCAUUCGAGUUACAGACGACUGGUCAAUAGCAAUCCUAAAGCAAGAGUCAGUGUUGGGAAUUUCUUGGACCAAGGACAGCGAAAUGGCGGCUUCUUCCAGACACCACUCAUCAAAUUGACGGACAGCGUGGAUAAUCUUGGUAUGAAGAAUGAGGAGGAACGAGAAGAGUUCUUGAAUGAUCUAGAUCAACUAUCAGAUGACUUCCCAGAGGACUACUUCAAGAUGAAGAUUCUCCCUGAAUUACUCAAAUCUGUGGAGUUCGGUGGAGGCGGCCCAAAAGUCUUCGGUGUGGUUAUGAAGAUCAGCAAGAAGCUUAGCGACGAUGAAUUCGAAGGGAAGAUCACACCUGCAGUUAUAAGACUAUUCGGCAGCCCAGAUCGAGCCAUACGGGUUUGUCUAUUGGAUAAUUUACCUAUGAUGAUAGACAGAUUACCCCAAAAGGUGGUGAACGACAAGAUUUUUCCUCAAAUGGUUACUGGAUUUACCGAUGUUGCACCCGUAGUUCGGGAACAGACCGUUAAAGCUGUCUUGACAAUCAUUGGGAAGCUAUCGGAUCGAACCAUCAACGGAGAGCUAUUGAAGUAUCUUGCCAAGACUUCGAAUGAUGAGCAACCGGGAAUUCGUACAAAUACAACAAUAUGCUUAGGCAAGAUCUCGAAAAAUCUAGGAGUUGGCAACAGAGCAAAGGUGUUGAUCGCAGCUUUCACUCGGUCACUUCGUGAUCCCUUCGUCCACGCGCGCAACGCCGCCCUGCUGGCACUGGGCGCUACGGCCGAUUCGUUCAGCGAAGAUGAUUGUGCAAAUCGGAUAUUACCCGCUAUAUGUCCCUGCCUAGUCGACAAGGAAAAGCUCGUCCGCGAUCAAUCCAACAAGACCAUGGAUGUCUUCCUUCAGAAGAUUCGGAAGCACGCCUCUACAAUGGCCGACACUGUUUUACCACCCCUUACUGCAGUAGACGCAUCAAACGCAUCCGCACCUCGGAUGAGCACGCCACAACCAAACUCAAGCGAAGCAGCCUCAUGGACCGGUUGGGCCAUCUCUUCAUUCACAAACAAAGUCUCCUCCACAGCCGGCGAAAUGCAAUCCAACGGCACCACCACACCCAUCGCUCCACGACCCAGCUCCGUUCCCGCGACUAGCGAAAUCCGACGCCCAGCCCCAAUAACAGCGUCAGCAUCAAACCUCCACCGACAAGCCGUUGCGUCACCCCCCGCAACCUCAACACGUACCUCCACAUCCUCCAACACGAAUGAAUACUUCCAAGACCGUAACCCUUCCGAAGAAGUGGACGACGCGUGGGGCGAUAUGGAAGAAGAAUCUUUCUUCGACGCCCCAUCCGAAACACCGAAACAAACUCAUACACCUUCUGCGUCCAAUCCAUUUGAUGAUAACGGUGAGCCUGAUUUCGCGGGCUGGCUGGCUGCGCAGAGUCAAAAGAAGCCUGGGUCGAAACCACUUCCCAAAGGACUUGCUAAACCUGCGAAUGGAAGACCGGCGACGAGUACUAGGAUACAGAGUACGGGCGGUGUUGGGGGUGCGGGGGCGAAGAAGGCGGCUGCUACUGCGGCCAGUGUGAAGCCGAAGCCGGUAGUUGCCAAGACGAUUGAUACGAAGCCGAAGGAGACUGGGGAUGACGAGGGGUGGGGUGAUGGAUGGUGA